AUGACGGCGCGGCGCGAGCGCGCGCGCGCGCGGCGACGGCGCCGCGUCGCCCUCAUCGCGUGCGCGUGCGCGCUCGCGGUGAUCUGCGCGCGCGCGGUGACGCCGCGACGCGCGCGCGAGCGGCGCGCGGACGCGCGAACGCCGCGAGAACUCACGCUCGCGUCGCACGGUGCGUUUCUGGCGCUGGACGUCGAGUCGAAGGCGGCGCGCGUGAUACAUCGCGGCCGGGGGGUGUAUUACGGCACGUUCGAGGACGGAUCGUCGUCGUCGGACGCGGUGUGGGUGGCGUCGAGGCCGGAUAACGCGAAGACGCGGACGCGGACGGCGACGCGCGGGGACGCGUUGCUCAGAAUAGACGCGAAGCGGGGGGAGAUUUUAGAGGAAAGGGCGAUCGAUGCGGCGUUCACGCACGACGUCGUGCGACGAGGUGACUCGGUGUUCGUCGCCGACACUGGGAACGGGCGGAUUUUGGAGUUGGAGUAUCCGUCGAUGAGGACGCUUCGGGCGGUGGAGUUGUCGGUGAAGGCGCACGUGAAUACGCUCGCGCCGGCGGACGCGAGCGAGUACGGCGAGCACGCGGUGUGGGCGGUGCUUCAUAAUUUAGGUCCGAGCGAGGUGGCGUUGAUCGACUUGGAAACUGGGCGCGAGUUGCGACCGAGGUUGACCAGAGUGGGCACGAAGUCGCACGGGUUGGUCAUAUACGAAGAUCGAUUCAUCAUGCUGAACAGUGGAGAGGGGCAAUUGAUUUCCGUGGACCCGUCGGGUGUCGAAGAUUACGAGAUUUUAUGGACCGAUGAUUCGCGGACGUUCAUGAAAGGGUUGUGCGUGAUCGAUGACGUGGCGUUUUUCGGCGUUUCGGCGUUCGGAAGAAGAGAAGACCGAGGCGAUCCAAACAAGUCGAGCGACGUGGUGGCUUUCGAUCUCGUUCGUAAGCGCGAGCUCUGGCGACAGACCGUGAUGACGCACGGAUUGCUCAACGUCAUCGCCGCGCCGCAAAUAGAGUCGAGCACUUGGUCGCACGCACAUUGGAAUGCAAACUCGCCGUCGUUGUACGCCGAAUGGAUUCCUCUGGCGGCGAAGCAAACGAACAAUUGUGAAGCGACCGAUCGGAAUUCCUUGCUGUUGACGUACGACGACGUCGAUGUACAUCUGCUUCGUGAUUACAUUCAAGGCCUCCCUCGCGACGUGUUCAAAGAGUCUGGCAAAAACGGAAACGCUUUGUUGGGUGGGAGAGACGGCAACAUGCAAAAGUUCAAGCCAAACGUCGAUGGCAUGCUCUUGUUUUUCUCAGAUCGAGGUGGCGAACACGUUUUUGAGUUUCCAUUUUGGAAACGUCUCGAGCCGUACGUGCAACCUGUGCUGAUUGAUUUGUUCACCGAUCAACUCGGCGUCUCGGAUCCGUUACGACACGUGAUACGGCUACAGCUGGCGGUGAUGAAUCCUGGUUCUGAAAUUUUGCCACACGUGGAUACGGGCGACUGGGCGAGAAGACACCAUCGAUUUCACGUUCCAAUCAUAGUCCCGCAAAACGCUGGAGCGGUGGAAUUCGUCAUGAUGCCAGAAUCCGGUCAGGAAAUCGCCGUUCCGCUCAUCGAAGGUCGUCCAUUUGAGAUAAACAACGCGGUGACGCAUCGAGUACGGAACAGCGCCUCGUCUUGGCGCAUCCACUUACUCGUCGACUUUAGCGAGCAACCGACGGCGAAGAGGCACGUGCUCAAGCCUGGGGACGUUUGUGACUACGCCAAAAUGGGCAGCGGUCGGUGUGUGGCUGUCACUUAG